CGAACAAGAACGAGAGGAGAGAGAAAGUAGAGAGAGAGAGAACAGGGGUGGUAGGAAAGGAAGAAAACGAAAAGGGGAAACGGUGAAGAAUGCUUUGACCUUCAUUGGCCAUGGCCGAUAACCAGUCUUCAAAAAACCCUAACCCUAAAAUUUGACCCCAAUAUCCUUCCUCCUAUCCCCUUCUGCAAACUCCCCCCUAUUAAAACAUCUCACCUACCCUCUCUCUACACCCAUUUCUCCUCCUCAAUAUUUAGGACUUUUCUCCAUUCAGAGCUAUAUCUAUUAGCUAAGGUUUUUUCUCCUGGUUUUAUCUCUCUUCUGAACCAACCCAUUUCCUGCUAUUGAAGACUUUGAGCUCGAAAAGUCCCCGAUCCAUGUGAAUUGCCUUUUUUUCAGCCGGUAACCCUAGCCAUCCUGCAAGUUAGGGUUUCAUAUUAUCACAUUUCCCCAAUUAACUAAGGCUUCAAAACCUUGUUUCUCGGAACCAGUUUUAGAAACUAAGGUUUUGAUCCCUUAAAUCCUUCAAUCCAUGGGGAAUUGCUGUUCAAACCCUGGUGAACCAAACCAGAAAACACAGAAGAAGCAGAAGAAGCCCAACCCUUUCUCCGUUGACUAUCCAGGGAGCUACAAUUCAAGCAAUUCGGGAAGCAAGCCGCCUGUUUUGAAGGACCCAACAGGGAGAGACAUAGCCAGUCGAUAUGACCUAGGGCGCGAGCUUGGAAGAGGUGAAUUUGGGAUCACUUAUUUAUGCACGGAUAGGGAUACAGGGGAGGUUUUGGCCUGCAAAUCUAUAUCAAAGAAGAAGUUGAGAACAGCAGUUGAUAUUGAAGAUGUUAGGAGAGAGGUUGCGAUAAUGGGGCAUUUGCCCAAACACCCGAAUAUUGUUAGUUUGAAAGAUACAUAUGAGGAUGAUAAUGCUGUUCAUUUGGUGAUGGAGCUUUGUGAAGGUGGGGAAUUGUUUGACCGGAUCGUGGCUAGAGGACACUACACCGAGAGAGCGGCGGCCGUUGUGACUCGAACCAUUGUCGAAGUUGUGCAGCUCUGCCAUAAGCAUGGCGUAAUGCAUCGUGACCUCAAGCCAGAGAAUUUCUUAUUUGCAAACAAGAAAGAAACAUCACCAUUGAAGGCUAUUGACUUUGGGUUGUCUGUUUUCUUCAAACCUGGGGAGCACUUUAGUGAGAUUGUAGGGAGUCCAUAUUACAUGGCUCCGGAGGUGCUGAAACGAAAUUAUGGCCCAGAAGUUGAUGUUUGGAGUGCUGGAGUUAUUCUUUACAUCUUACUAUGUGGAGUGCCACCUUUUUGGGCUGAAACUGAACAAGGAGUUGCUCAGGCAAUUAUUCGCUCAGUAAUAGACUUUAAAAGGGAUCCAUGGCCUAAGGUUUCUGACAAUGCCAAGAAUCUAGUAAAGCGGAUGCUCGAACCAGAUCCUAAGCUUCGGUUAACGGCUCAAGAAGUACUUGAUCACCCCUGGCUACAGAAUGCCAAAAAGGCUCCAAAUGUCUCUCUUGGUGAAACUGUUAGAGCAAGGCUCAAACAAUUUUCUGUAAUGAACAAGCUGAAAAAGAGAGCACUCCGAGUCAUAGCUGAGUUUUUAUCAGUUGAGGAAGCAGCAGGUAUAAAAGAUACGUUCCAAAUGAUGGACAUCAACAAUAAUGGAAAGAUAACCUUCGAGGAACUAAAAGUGGGUUUACAAAAGAUUGGCCAACAAGCCCAAGAUGCAGAUGUUCAAAUGUUAAUGGAAGCUGCCGAUGCAGAUGGAGAUGGAACUCUGAAUUAUGCGGAAUUUGUAGCUGUUUCAAUUCACCUGAGGAAGAUAGGAAAUGAUGAUCAUUUACGUAAAGCCUUCUUGUAUUUUGACCAAAACCAGAGUGGAUACAUUGAGAUUGAAGAACUCAGAGAUUCCUUAGCAGAUGACUUGGCUGAUAACUGUGAAGAAGUUAUCAAUGCCAUCAUCCAUGAUGUCGACACAGACAAGGAUGGGCGUAUAAGCUAUGAUGAGUUUGCAACAAUGAUGAAGGCUGGAACAGAUUGGAGAAAGGCAUCAAGGCAAUACUCACGGGAAAGAUUCACGAGUCUCAGCCUCAAAUUACUGCAGGAUGGCUCUUUGCAGUUAACCAACUGAAUUUAGAGAUUGAGAGGUUGCCAAAGGGAUUGCAAUUUCGAAAUUACCUUGUCCUUGGGGUUUAUAAAAAUUCUUUUCUUCUUUCUUUGUCUCUCUGUUUUACACGGGGAAGCUUGAUUCUUUUUUGGGGUGGUUCUGGGGGUGGUGUUUUUGAGUGUUGCCUGCUGCUUUUGUGAUGUACUGCUCCAUUGCUUGUUUUUUAACUGAGGGGAAGAAUGCAAGGGAAGAGGAGAUGGAGUCUUGGGUUGUGUAUAUAUGCCUAUUUUGUCAUGUGUUAAAAGAAAAAUGUUAUUCACUGAUCAGCAGAUUUACAGAAUUAUCUCUCUCUCUCUCUC